AUGGAUGCAGAAGUACCCAGGAUACCAUUUACAGAACGAACAACUCUUCAAGUAGAGGAGCCAACUCAUAAAAACACACCACGACUCAAGCCAACCAGAGUCUGCGUCAUAUUGGUGGUAGUAGCUCUCACGUUAGUCAUCAUACUCUUCCACCACUUCCACCACAGCUCCCCUAUCCGACGGAAACCCACCAGGUCAGGAGGUCACGUCAGCAUCUUGAUGGACGAGAGGAGCCCGUACAACGUGACCAUCACGUCUGACCUGGACAUCCUACAGACCAUAGACUCCGGAGGAUCACGGGUGGAAAUCUCCGUACGGGAACUCCUGGAGAAUCGUUCCUCUGGACCUGUAAGGAUCACUAGGUCCAACGGUGAGGAGUACGAUGUGCAUCUGAACUAUGAACAACGACCUCCAAGACAUCCUAGGUUGACAAAGCUGGAAGACAUCAAACCGAGCUCGCUGAAUGUCUUCUUCAUCGAGACUCGGUGCGGGACAACCGAGCAGAUGAAGAAGUACGCUUCGUAUUCCGGGGUAGUGAUGAACGCUCGCCAGAUCUGCUCAGUCGAGUCUACAGCCAAGCUCAACCCCUCCAGACCCAUCUACAUCCUGCACACAUGUCCUCUAGACGACGACUUUUACCAAAAGUCACCCAGGUUCGUCCAGGAGCUCAUGUCCUACCCUAACGUUCACAUGGUCUAUCUCGACAUGGAGGAGUUCUUCUUGCGCACGAACGUCGAGGAGUUGUACUUUGGCGGGAGAUUUGAGGAGAGCAGACAUCCUAUAGAACACGUCAGUGACGUGGUUCGUCUCCUUACUCUGUGGAAGUACGGGGGAACCUACAUGGACAUUGACGUAGUUAGUAUUAGGCCAUUGGACGGUCUAGGAUCCAACUACGCUGGAUGGCAGGACGAAAGGACUAUUGCGUCAGGGGUCCUCAACUUUGACCCCGCCGGGUUUGGUCACCAGAUCCUGACUGAAUGUCUGGAUGACCUUCGGUUCAACUUUGACCCCAGGGAGUGGUCCACCAACGGACCUAUCCUCAUCACAAACACUCUCAUGAGACUCUGCAAUAUAGACAAGGGGAACGCCCAAUGCAGUGAGUUCACAGCAUACCCUAUCCCAGUGUUCUAUCCGCUCUACUAUACAGAGUGGAAAGCCUUCUUCGAGGAGUCGAUGGCCAAGAGGACUUUGAACAGGUUGAACGAAACCUACGUAGUACACAUCUGGAACAAGAUGAGCAGUAAGGGAGUUGUACGAGUAGGAUCUGGACAAGCUUAUGGCAUACUGGCUGAUAAAUACUGUCCUAAGACAUACUGGAACUGCGGACCUACGUUCUGAAGGGACGUAGAAGAGGAUCAGCGGAACAGGGAAUGAUGGGCAAGACGAUACAAGGCUGAAAAGGUUGUAGACGUGGAAGGUUGAAAUGCGUCUAGGUUGUUGGAAAGGAUACAAGUGGAAAAAGGAAAGAAUACUCGGUUAUUUAGAAAGUUGAAUUGAUUAAUAUGAAGAAUUUCCUUAUUGAUAAUAGCAACAACAUAAAAACCAAAUACAAUGCCUUUGAAAUCAUAUGAAUACUAGUGGAGGGUGUUCUUCGAAAGAAGGGACCAGAGCGUAAAGGGUGCUCUAAACAACCUGUUAGGCAUGACCCACACAUCUAAAAAAUUGGUGACUGACAAGAUUUGUCUCCAGUACUCAAAGGACAAGCUAUGUGAAGAAUUACUAGACAAUCCAAGACCCAAUGUUAUACAUUUGUUGCAAACACGUGCUUGCAACAUAACCAACAGCAAAAAAUAAUUUUAACGAGCAUGAUUAUGAAAAAUUGUUGAUGAAACCAGAAAAUACAAAAAUACAAAUAACAAAACUCUAUUGUUUCUUUUGAAAAGCAAGCACUCACACUAAAAAUCACUUUAAACACAUAAAUUUAGAAAGUAACUGAAUUAAACUUUGAUUCCUGUUCACAUAUCGUUCGUACUGUAGAAAGAUGUCGGAUGGAUUCUUGCUAGUGAAACAAAAAUCCUGUCCGUUUGGUUUAAAAGUUUUCAAGAUGAAUGUUCACCACAAACAACCUUCUUUGGUCGGAUGUUUUCCGAUUGUCCCAGUAUAUCAACUAUCUUGGCCAAGUCAAAG